AUGUCCGACGUCCCACCAACCGAGUCCAAUCUCAAUCCAGAAGAACCGAAAGCACCAACCCCUGCACCUCAGUUCCAGCAAUUCCAAUCUCAAUCCAAAUUACUACCAAUUUCCACCUCAAUCCAAAUUACUACCAAUUUCCACUACAAGGUUACUACCAAUUCCAAUCUCAAUCCAAAUCGAAGAGAGACCAAGAGUUCGAAGAAGGUCUGA